GAUAAAAAAGUAGAGGGCACCCAACCAUUAGUUUUUGAAAGCCCAAACGAAAAGGUUUCUUUUCACUGCGUGCAAAAGUUUGAUCUAGAUGUUUUGAACAUUGGCCAUUCUCAAAUGUAGAAGAGUAAUUGCCUGCUCGCUUUCUAACACCGUUAUCUGACGCCUGAAAGCGCUGGGGUGGGCAGGAACUAAGCCCUGUUAACAUUUCGUCGGUAAGAAGGGUGCCAGUUCGACGCUGAACUCUUCGGCAUGGAGGUGGCGAGUUACUCCCUAGACGCUUGGCAUGUCACGUACAUCAGCUUUGAGGCUGCCAUUGCCCUGGCUUCGGUCCUAGGUAACGUCCUGGUGGUCUGGGCGGUAAAGCUAAAUCACGCUCUCCGGGACACCACCUUCUCUUUGAUAGUCUCCUUGGCUGUAGCGGACAUUGCAGUCGGCGCGCUGGCCAUCCCCGCAGCCGUUCUGGUCAGCCUGGAGAUCCAGACGCGGUUCUACUCGUGCCUCUUCGGCUGCUGUUUGCUGUGCAUCCUGACGCAGAACUCCAUACUGUCGCUCCUGGCUAUCGCGAUCGACAGGUACCUCAGAGUCAAGAUGCCAGUCAGGUACCGGUCAGUGAUUGAUCAUCGCUGCACAUGCCUGGCUGUCACAGUCUGCUGGGUUGUGCCUGCCAUUCUGGGUCUGUUGCCCAUGAUGGGCUGGCACAACAAGGCCAUCCUGGAUGAGUGGGCUAAGGGCAAUGACAGCACCGGCCCCUACAUAAAUUGCUCCUUUCCUCUGGUGAUGAGCAUGGACUAUAUCAUUUACUUCAACUUUUUUGGGCUGAUCCUGGGCCCCUUAGUGAUAAUGACUGGCCUCUACUUUCUGGUGUUCGACACCAUCAGGAGACAGCUGAGCUACACCCAGGUGGCAUGCAAGGUCUCCAGGAAAUACUACAGGAAGGAAAUGAAACUGGCCAGUUCACUGGCACUGGUUCUGUUCCUCUUUGCUGUCUGCUGGAUUCCUUUGCCUAUCAUGAACACUGUAAGCUUCUUCUGCUCCACCUGCUCCAUUCCCAGGCCUGUCCUGUACUUCGGGAUCCUUCUUAGUCACGCCAAUUCUGCCGUUAACCCCAUAGUUUAUGCCUUCAAGAUCCAAAAGUUCAGAAUCACCUUCAAGAAGAUCUGGCACUACUACUUUGUUGGAAUGAAUAACAAGGACACCUCUAUGCCUCAGUCCAGCACCUUACAGUCAGUGGGUGGAGAGAAAUCCGACAGUGUUUGAUGCUCAGAGAGCACAUACAAAGUGUUCUUGAGCCACUGCAAACGGUUUCCGGAGUAAACCAUGUGAUGGGGACACUGCCGACUGGAGCCCUUCCUCUGACACGUUGAAAUGGUUUGCUGGGAAGACAAAGGGAGAAGCUAGGUGACUUGUCAAAGGAGUCCAACACCAUCUCUCCUCUCUUCCAGUUUUAAUCAACAUCUUGUAAUUCAGUUUCUAACCUUUUUCAUUGCACCCAGCUUUCUUCCAAAAAGACUCAGAGAAGUAGGAUUACAGAUUUUGCAAUAAAUACAAAAAUGAAAACAAAACAUUUUUUUCUCUCAAAAAUACUGUUAUACAGUACCUGAAGCCCAAAACUAAACCUACUCAAAACUUGCAAACUCCAAACCCUGAUGCCUGAUGGUGAUUUUUAAAUUUAAUGCAAUUCUAAGGUCAAAGUCAGAAUCUCCUUUACUUUCUUAUAAAUUGAGCAAUUUAUUCUUCAUUAAAACAGUACUCCAGCCCUUGAAAAAAAAAGUACAGAAUCUGACUCCAUGCUCCAUCUUGGAAUUUAUAAUAUCAUGUUCUAAGGGAUGGAAAUGAGGAGUAGAUCAUUUGAUUAAUAUUAAACCAGAAAAACAAUAUUAAUUUAAAAAGUUGUUUUCCUA